UCCCGACAGCUUCAUGUGAAUUCAGUAUCUGCCUGAAUUGGCUGUGCAAAUAAACUUAGGCAAAGCUUUGACAACUUUCACUGACUGAUUUAAAUAUAAAACAGCAAAUGCCAAGAAAAUUGAAGAGUGCAACUGAGGUCUUAUUGAAAAUCUAAAGGAGGGAAAGUAUGUGCUGUUGCAAGUCUAGACAAGGUUAAAGGUGUUCUCUUUCUGAACAAGGAGGGUUGCUUCAUUUGGUACCGCUAACUGGAAAUUAAGUCAUCACAGCAAGGGAAGCGCUGUACUUCAUUGAGCCCAUUGGUUGCUCUUCUUCCUUUGUGGUUCUGUUUGCACUAUGUGGAGAUUUCAGAUUUACUUUUGGAUUCUACCAGUGUUUACACCCAGCUGUGGAUCUCAAUCUGGCCAGGAUUAUUAUGAGUACUAUAAGGAAGGGGAAGAAACUGAGGGUCAGUUAGGCAGUGAUCUGGUGGAACAGCUGCAGUUUCCCUCGAGUCUGGACGAGCUGCUGGACCUCCUAUACCCAGAGUAUCGUCUCCUCCAGCAGUGCCUGCACAGGAAGGCUGCUCUUAUACCCCACGAACCCGAGCACGAAGAGGCAGCUUGGGGCUAUGUGAAGGAGGCCCCGCUGUAUGCAGGAGGGAUGACUGAGGAGAGCUUACGAAGUAUCAUGCUGGAAUAUGAAAAGACACAAUGCACUCCUAGAGAAGUGUGCCUGGACAUCACCAAGGAGUUCCCUGAGAGCACAGUUCACUUCUAUAAGCCAUCAUGUGUGUCCGUGCAUCGCUGUGGAGGCUGCUGCAACCACGAGGGCUGGCACUGUACCAACAGCAGCCACAACUACAGCAGCAAAACACUUCUUGAGUUCUCAGUUCCUCCGUCUGGACACCCUGAGAUAGUUAUGAUCAGCUUUGUAAACCACACAUCCUGUGAGUGCAAAUCCAAAAGCAACCCAAGCAGGCCACACCACUCCGUCAUCAGGAGGUCCAUAAAGGACAAACUUGCUCGAUGUGCUGGGCCAGACUCAUCCUGCCCUCCUGGUCUGUCCUGGGACCCUGUUGACUGUCAGUGUGUUCCGGAUGACAUGAGCGCAUUUGGAUCCCUGAGCGAGGCUCUGGCAGACUUUUGCGGACCUCGAAUGAGGUUUGAUGAGGAGAGCUGUCGGUGCCUGUGCUGGAACGGGCUGACCCAGUCGAGCUGCGGAGCCAGGCGGAGGCUGGACGAGGCCUCAUGCAAGUGCGUCUGUGGUGAGGAUUCAGGCCCCGAGUCCUGCCGGCCUGAUCAGAGCUGGGAUGAGAAGCAGUGCGGCUGUGUCUGCCGGGAGAGCUGUCCAAGCAGACAGCCCCUGAACUCAGUUACCUGCCAGUGCGAGUGCAAAGAGAGCGACGCCACCUGUCUGCUUCUGGGGAAGAAAUUCAACCCCAACACCUGCAGCUGUUACCGGCUGCCCUGUAGGACUCAGAACAGGAGAUGUGCAUCUGGAUUUUAUUUCAGCCACUAUGUCUGUCACUGCAUACCGAACUACAUGAGAUCUUAUGAACUGGCAUCUGCACAGAGAAAUCCUGUUUAGCACUUCAGAAGAAAACAAACAGAAAAAGGUCAAGACGACACGUGCAAUUGGUGAAAACAAGAACCACACAGUGAACUAUGCUGUGGGUCGCAGUAGUUCACUACAGCAACGUAUUAUCUCAAGAGAAGGAUGAACAGAAGGGCACUGUAAGGUGUGAAUUACUAUGCUUUACAAUCUGAAGCAUAAAACGUGAAACUAUCAACUAUGCAAAAUCAUUGGAUUUAUUGCAAUGUAUGCACUUCGGAACCAGUGAACUAAAGGUCGUAGUUAUUAUGUAUCAAACAAAAGAUAAAUAAUUCGCCUUCAGCAGCUAUUCUUUAAUAUACAAAAUGGCAUAUGCUUAUGGCUGUUUCACCAGUUUGUGUUCGCUAAUCAUACAUUCCCAUGUCUACCAGUACAUAUUCUGUAUAUAUAUAUAUAUAUAUAUAUAGAGUAUUAUUUAUUUAUUUUUAAUUUUUUUUUUGCUAGGCCACCCUUGCGGCAUUAGUUAAUAAGUUACUUCCUGGGAUACCCAGCCAAUGGUCCCCUCUUUUAAGGACAGCAUUUAGACCAGAUUGUCCUCCUACUUGAGCAUACCUUAGGAGCUUUUGCUCAGUGUAUGGUGCAGUGAGACUGUAGGUAGUGAGAAAGAAAGGAACUGCUACUGAAAAGUAAAAACCUUGUUUUUUGUAAAUGGCUAAAAACAAUUAUAGGAAGCCUAUAUAGUUUUUUUUUCAUUUAAUUUCAAAGAUUUCAAUAACAAUAAAAACAGCUUUUAUUUUCUGUUAUACUGUAGGUAAUAAUGGGCUGCCAUUGUUUAAAAUGUAAUUUUGUUUUAAAACAAUAAAAGCAACAAAAAAGGUACAGUAUAUAAUUAUUAAACUAUAAUGAUUUUUCUUUAUCAAGUCAUUAUAAAAAUAGCCAAUUACGAUUAAAAAAAAAAAAGGUUAUUCUUUGAGCUGCAGUUUAUCCUGCCUCAGUACCUUAUAGGAAUUGAUAUUGCUGUAAUAAAUCAUUGUAUGUGCUGGUCACAAAAGUGCUAUACAUGCAUUAUUAUAAAAGGUUUUGAUAUUAUGGUAUAUUAACGCAUAUUAUAUAUACUGCAAGGGUUUUGAUCAUUUAUGUUCCUGUAGUUUUGAAUAUAGCACUGAGGAUUUUAUUUCAGAACAAUGGCAUGUUAACAAAACAUUUAAAAAGGAGUGCUUGCCAACAUUAAAAACAAGUCCAAAACCAAAUGACCAGAACAACUUUCAAAAGGGGUACUGAACAAGGCGUGCCUACCUGUUUUUAGUUACCCUUUAUUACCUUACUCUUAUAUGUUUAUAGACCCUCCAAGUUGGUGAAGAAAGUUCAAGUUAUCAAAAAUGGUACCCUUUGGUUUGCUUGUCAAGUGGUAAUGUCAAGUUAAGCAGUGCAAAAUGAUUAUUUGGAUAAGCAGCCACAGGUGAGGGUCAUUUAUGGUGACUGGGCUAAUUUACCAUUCCAAGUGAAACAAUUGAAGAAACAGCUGCUUGGAUUUGUGUAGACUGCUGUUCUCUAAUCGCAUUGGAUCAAUUAAAAUACUAUACUUUAUACAAUAUAUGUAUACAGAUGUUUUACAUGUAUUAUUUACAUAUAUUACGGCUGGACAAUGUCACAUAGAAAUGAUGUACCUGCAUUGCACAGGAAUGUAUAGAAAUCAGAUUUUUUUAUAUGUCAUUUUUCAGUACCUCUCCUCUUGACAGUUGUCUUGGGAAUUAAAAGAACAUAUUUUGUGUGAAAACUGUGAAGUUCAAGAAGAGUAAAUAUAUUUAUUAACUAUUGUAUCAUUGUUUUAUAAAUUGUUAUUGUACAGUAUUGUGAUUUUGCAUUCUAUAUGAAAUAUACUUGUUU